GGAAACAGAAAAAGGGGGGAAAGAACCGAGUGAAAGAGAAGAGUGACAAAGGAAAAUCAAUAGGCUAUCAAAGGAGAGAAGAGAAAGAGCUCGCCGGCAAAUUGGGUUUGCAUUUAAAUCAGGUGCCAAAUCGACAAUGGGUGAAGAAGUGAAGCUGAUUGGCAUGUGGGCAAGCAUAUUCUGUCAGAGAAUACAGAUGGCCUUGAAACUAAAACGGAUUCAGUUUGAAUACAUAGAAGAGGACCUUUCCAACAAGAGUCCUUUGCUUCUCCAGUAUAACCCCAUCCAUAAAAAGGUUCCAGUCCUUGUACACAAUGGAAAGUCCAUUUCAGAAUCGCUAGCCAUUUUCGAAUACAUAGACGAGACUUGGAAACAUAAUCCGAUCAUGCCUGAAGAUCCUUAUGACAGAGCCAUGGCACGCUUUUGGGCAAAAUUUAUAGAUGAGAAGCUGCUAUGGACAGUGUUUGAGGCCUUCACAAGCAAAGAGAAUGAGCUGGAGAAGGCGAUUGACGAAGCUUCUCUGCAGUUGAAAUUUUUUGAAAACCAGCUCAAGGACAAGAGCUUCUUUGGAGGUGACACCAUCGGGUACUUAGACAUUGUUGGGAUAGUCGUGGCUCAUUGGUUUGGAAUAAUGCAAGAAGUAUUAGAAGUAGAGUUGAUUAAUGAAGAGAAAUUUCCCAUUUUACAUAAUUGGAUAGUGAAGUUCCUUGACAUUGCCAUGGUCCAGGAAUCCUUGCCUCCAAGAGAAAAGCUUCUUGCACAUACCCGGAAAGCCUUCAGGAAGUGAUUUGCAUCAAAGUUUAGGGCUCAUAUGUGAGUUGAUAGGACCCUAUGAGCCUCA